AGUUUGCUCGCGGCGCGGUCCGGUGAACAUUACUGUAUUUCAUUUGGGGGACAGCAACAGCAAGAGGCUCUGGAAAAAUAAUACUAAUUAAAAAAAGACGAAAAGUCAGGCUUUCCAGAGAAUGCCGAGGAAUAUCCAACUCAACAGCAACAUCAGCCGCAGCGAAUUAUUGUAAUUAUAUAUAUGUACAUAUAUAUAUAUAAAAAUUAAUGAGGUUUAUCCGUCAUCAUUGAUGUGGCCAAAUUAGUGGGAAGUUCGGGUCAGUAGGGGGACAGCGGGCUCGCGCGCGGACUGUCGGAGGGGUGCUUUGAAUUUGUGGGUCCUGGAGAAGAAGCGCAGCGCGAAGCAGAUUCAGAGAGAGAGAAGAGGAGGAGGGGAAACAAGGAAAGAAAAGAAGAGCCGUCCGAGUGAAAGUGAGAAAGAGUCCCGCUCAGAAUGAAUAACAACAAACCCGAGAAAGAAAACGAGCCGAGUGAAUUCACCAACCACGAGGAGGAGGUCCGAACACUAUUUGUCAGUGGGCUACCACUGGAUAUUAAACCGCGGGAGCUCUAUCUCCUCUUCAGACCAUUUAAGGGCUAUGAAGGCUCCUUGAUAAAGCUCACUUCUAAACAGCCGGUGGGGUUUGUCAGUUUUGACAGUCGAUCAGAGGCGGAGGCUGCUAAGAAUGCCUUGAACGCAGCAGAUCACUUUAACGGCCCUCCUCUUAAGUGGGACCGUGACAGCGCGAGCGGUGUGUCAACUUUCUCAGAUGUCGAGAUAUUGGUGCUCGUCAAACGUAGAGCAGAGAGUUGA